GUGGCCGGAUACUGGAAACGGUCGGAUACUGGGCAACAUACUGUACUCGUCGUGCAGGUAUUAUCUUUUUUGGUACACCCUCAUAAGCAUCGUCCUUUAUCUUUACUUGAAAGUUUCAGUGAUAGUUAACUUGUGCCAAUAUCAGGAAUCUUGCAACCAUUAUCGAGUUUGGUUUGCGGUAUGCCCAUCCUGUUACUUUGGUAAAAAAAAUACCCUUGUAAGAACAGACUAAAGCUUGCUUUAGGUAAAAAAAAAAAGACAUUUUUGGCGUUAUUCUUAGUGUCUUUUUUUUCCUUUGAAAUAUAGAAAUAACAUUUCUGUGGAAGAAAACACUAAAAACGGAACUUUCAUAUUCCAAGUAAGAGCCACUGAUGCUGACUAUGGCAAUAAUUCCAUCAUAACUUACUCUUUGGUGCCCAGUGAGUACGCAACGAAAUUCUCUAUUAAUGCUUCAUCGGGGAAAAUCACUGUUAUUGGAAACUUGGAUCGCGAGAACACGAGUGAAAUCACCUUACGCAUCAAGGCAACUGACGGAAAGUUCACAGUAACGUCAGAGCUAUUUGUCAUAAUAACCGAUGUCAAUGACAAUGAGCCCAUAUUCAUCAGCAGGUGAGAAAGAAUACGUGAGGUCUUUUACAGCUAAUGACGCUAGACUCUAUAGUCCCUUGAGAAACCUCGAGAAAGUAAAAUACAACUUACGCGGGUCCUUCUGCCAUGCUUAACAAAAUACCUGGUUCACUAAAAGCGAAAAGGGAGCCAAGGGUGUUACAAUGUUCUAAAAAGUAUGUGAAAGUAACAAAAUGUACAUUUCUCCUUGACGUAGUUUUCUCACGGUGAUUAAGUACAUAAUUAUUUUUCAACCCAUUCAAUUUUUGCAACCCAUUCUAGCAGUCACAACUCGGAAAAAUGUAUACCAUCCCGGUUCCACUUCUACCUUUCCGGUUAGAUAUAGAAAAUGCAGUCCGCGAAACAAGCCGUACACACGAAAUCAAUUCCCUUCUGAAUGAGUGAAGAAAAUUUCCAUAAGGAGUUGAGUAGAAUACAUUAUACAGAUUUUAUUAUAUAUCCUAAGCUUUAGUUAUACUUAUAGAUAUGAAAUAAACAUUGUCCGGAUAAUGUACACAGCUAAUUCAUCGAUUCUACACGGCAUAGAAGAAACUGGCGGGAUACUGGCCUCCGUUAUCCCAAACAAAUUGAAUUUCAAGAAGAAUUUAAAUUUUCUGAAAACCCGACUUCUUUAAGAGUCUUAGUUUCCUUGAAAAUAUCACAUAUGCCCAACCCUUAUUUGAGCAGCACUAGUUUUAGUGCGCAGUUAACAGCGUAAAUAUUAGCCAUCAAAAGUUUACUCACCUGAACAGAACGGCGCCUUGUCAUGCCUUGUGCAACUGUUUCUCAAGCUGUAAACCCGCCAAAAAGUGCAUUUUAAAGCUGAAAUGUUCCGCUUCCAGUAGAAAUACUUUGUUUACCGAAAACUAAAAAGGGCGCUGCAAAAAUUAAGUUUUUGUUUUAAGUGGCCGGAUAUUGGAAACGGUCGGAUACUGGGCAACAUACUGUACUCGUCGUGCAGGUAUUAUCUUUUUUGGUACACCCUCAUAAGCAUCGUCCUUUAUCUUUACCUGAAAGUUUCAGUGAUAGUUAACUUGUGCCAAUAUCAGGAAUCUUGCAACCAUUAUCGAGUUUGGUUUGCGGUAUGCCCAUCCUGUUACUCUGGUAAAAAAAUACCCUUGUAAGAACAGACUAAAGCUUGCUUUAGGUAAAAGAAAAAGAUAUUUUUGGCGUUAUUCUUAGUGUCUUUUUUUUCCUUUGAAAUAUAGAAAUAACAUUUCUGUGGAAGAAAACACUAAAAACGGGACUGUCAUAUUCCAAGUAAGAGCCACUGAUGCUGACUAUGGCAAAAAUUCCAUCAUAACUUACUCUUUGGUGCCCGGUGAGUACGCAACGAAAUUCUCUAUUAAUGCUUCAUCGGGGAAUAUCACUGUUAUUGGAAACUUGGAUCGCGAGAACACGAGUGAAAUCACCUUACGCAUCAAGGCAACUGACGGAACGUUCACAGUAACGUCAGAUCUAUUUGUCAUUAUUACUGAUGCCAAUGACAAUGGACCAAUAUUCAAAAAAUGUGAAGCACAGGUAAUAUUGCAGGAGCCAGCAUCCCCGCAAACUCAACUGUUUCAUGUUUCAACCACCGAUGCGGACUCCGGAUCUAACGCUAUCAUCAAGUAUUCUGUUGUCGAAAACGAGGAAGGAGCCUGUAGUUAUCUAGAUAUAGACCAAGAUGGAAACGUCUACAGCAACAAUUCACUGCCGUGGGAAACUACUUGUAACGUUACCAUCCGUGCCUCAGAUGGAGCCAAAACAAUUGAAUGCGUUGUUGAUCUCCGUGUAGCGAUGACCCCUGGCAAGACAGAAGGCCGCACAGGUUAGUUAAAAACAUUUUUUAAAGCCUUUGAAUUAGUUUUAUAUCAAUAUCGAUAUUACUGGUUAAAAUGAAAGUAAAUGAACUUAGUUGCAAAGGCCAUUAUAAAACACGAUAGAGAUCGUCUCAUUUGUAUAUUUUUGAAUCACUGAGCUUUGAAAAACCAAAUCAAGAAAAACGCUCUUUCUAGUCUAGAACUGUUGCAAUUAGGAUACCUUCUAAACCUAAACCUCCUCAGCAAAGUGUGUUCCUUUUCUUUCUUUUCAUCGACGCCCGGAAUCGAAAGUAGUUUGCUGAGUACAAAACGCUGAAUAAAAGUAUCUCAAACAAUUACACAAAACUGCUUUAACCUGUGGUAAUUUCUGCGGUUGCCAGUUAAGAGUAGGAUUCAAAUACCUUUGACGACGCUACUCAGAAAAAAUUUCUCUUAUAUAUUUGCAACUUAUACACUUUCAUUUUUAUUUCCUAGGCUUUCCAACGGAAGCUAAAUAUUCCCUGAUUGCCGCAUUUGUCUUCCUUCUAAUUGUCGGGGCCAUUGUGUUAAUCUUCAUCAAAAAAAGGCGUCUCAGAAGGUAAUGCUGCCAAAGUUUGGCAGUCUAUUGUUUUAUUUUAUUUUAUUUUUUUUUUGCUCAUUUUCUUGUAUAUAGAAUCUGCUGCGGAGUCAUGGAGCCAAGUUCUCCCGCAGGUCCCAACUUAAUUCACUAAGCGUUUAAUCCCUUUGCGCUAGGGUGAAGAGCUUGCUCGCUCAUCAAAUUUCUGCUGGGACAAAAACCGGGGACGGAUUUUAAAGAGUCCUCCCUUAGUCAAACAUAUUUAAGUUUUUUGGGAUAGGUAGCUAAUUGGAAAUUGUAAAACAAUCCUAUGCUUCGAAUAAUACCCGCGGAUCCUCGAGAAAAAUGCUGUCUGAUUAACGCCAUGGUAAGAAAGUAGUAUAGCACUUGGGGGUACCGGCACAGUUUUCCAAGAUUAUUUUCCUAUUUAUUCUGUGCUCCUAUUUUUCAGAACUUUUUUCCAAUUUUGGAUUUCUUGGGUUGGCCUCAAGACUCGGAAAAUCGAUUGAAUCGGACGCACGAGAAAGAUUCAAGCGAUCGCCGAGACACGGGGAUGGUGGGGCAUUAAAAUCUCAAUUGAGCUUGGUGGGAAGUGAGAUUCUGUUGAUAUUGGCUUCAACAGAAACUCGAUGGCUCAAUUUUAGUCAUAUAUAACACCCCAUGUAACACAACCAUUGUAAUCAAAGGGAAGCUGUGAUUCUUUUUUUUUGGCACCGCAGUCUGAGCGUAGCGAAGACGAGGAGGGGAUGAAAAAAAGAUAAAAUCUCGGGGGCGGCUAGGAGCCGAGGGCGACGAUGGCCGGGUCGCCCCCCAACCGUUAUAACACAAACAAUAAAAACAAAUACUGUAUUAGACUAAAUGUAUUCAUUGAGUGACUAUCCGUUUAUCUCUCUCUGACUUUGUUGGACAUUCUGCAUAUGAAUUCUUGUCUUGAGAUUCAAAUACUGCAUCGGGAUUCAAAAGUUUUUUAAUGGAAAUGAAGUGGAAUAAUAUGAAAAUAAAAUGAAGUGGAACAAUAUAAAAAUGAAAUGUUGUUGUUUAGGCGUUGGUGUUUAGGUUUUCAUGUUGUAACCAGGCUUAUAAAAUAGCUCUGUGUCCAUAUGCAUCGCUGUCAACUCCAUUUUCCUGGGUAUAACGCUUGUCGUCAAAGCAUGAUAAUGAUACUUUAUUAAUCUCAUAACCAUUGAUUUCAUGCUUGACGCUUCUGAUUGUUUUCAUCUUGUGAUAAUUUGUUCACAAUUAAAUAAUGUGUUCUUGUAAUCCUCAUGUUUGAUAUCUUUCUUGAUAACAUUUUUCUUUAUUCCUUUUGCUGUCUUACCACCUCCACCAUUAUCCUUCAUACAAGAGUACAUCUUUGAUCGAAGUCCAACAAACUCUUUUAUUGGCAUACCUCCUGCCUCAUCUCGGAACUUUCCAAUUACCUUUUUAUUUCUUGGAUCAAAAUAUGCUGAGUCUUUGGAAUAGCCGCUAUUGUCAAACUUGUCCUUGUCCUUCCAAAACUCUUUAUAGACAUCCUCUGCUUCAAUCUCAUAUGUCAAACUGUCUGUGUCGGUGAAUAAUAAUCUGGCUUUAUUUCCAUAUUUGUUUUAAAUAUAAUUGUAGUGGAAAACGUACAUGAGAGUCUUUGAUAAGUCAAGAAUGCACAUUCCCACGUAUGCUGGCCUUGAAAGCUGUAACUUUUCUUUGGUUUUAUGAACAGCGGCUAAAUUUUUGUUGAAUAUUUUACUACUAACAAAGGUUGAAAUUGAAGCCAUUUGCAAAAGCUUUUUUUCAUUCGUGCGAAGCCUCACGUUAACACGCUUUCAGACAUUUUCGACUGUCCUGCCAAGUACUGAAUUAUUUAUCAACUUGAAGAAAUCCUUUUCAAAAUCGUUUGCUGCAUUCUUGCGCAUGUCAGUAUUGAAAUCAAUAUAUUUUUUUAACCAAGGUGAUUGAUAAAAUUCCCAAGCGCUAUGAACUUUUUUUAUUAUUUUUAAUCCAAGAUCUAAAUGCAAUUGGAGGUUUCUGUAAUGAAGAACAUAAUUAUUCUUAUCCUUCAACGUUGAAAUCAGCUUUCUAACUUGACCGAUGGUGAUCCCAUACUUUUCUCUUAUCCUUUCGCAAUACUGUGAUAGCAUUUCUUUUUGAACUUUGAUUUUUUCAGCAGCGAGCGGAUAAUCAUAGAAGAUCAUGUAGCUCUUGUUUAUAUUCGAGAUCAACCGCCAAUAUCAUUUCCUUUUUGCUUUCUUCUGUAUACUUUGCUAGAUCGAUAUCAACACCCUUCUUCCAUCUGAAUCCUCCAGUUGGGAGAUAUUGGCUCGUAGCCCAUCCAUAAAGAUUAUUAGCAUCCAAAUACGUAAUAUAUUUUGAUGGUUUGCUUUUAUCAAACUUUUCAAAAUAUUUAUUAUUUGCUUUUCCAAGACUUUCUCAGCAUGUUGAUACUACUCUUCAGUUAUAUUCUGAUUGCUCAACAAACUAAAGGAAUCCUCUUUUUAGGCAGUUUUCUUUUAUCAAACGUUCCAAUACUGUCCAUGAAGUCAUAAGGAUAAACACCCUUUUCUUCUCAUCAAUGUGAACUCCUCUACAUUGAACCCUUGUUUUGUAUACUUAAACGCUUCAUCUGAUAGAUUUUCGACUAAUUUAUCCAAACUACUACUCAUGAAUUGAAAACUGUCAAUGAAUCUCAAAUGCUUCCCAAGUGAAAAGUUCAUAUACUUUUCCAUGUUAUUUGGUAAAACACUUAUAUCCAACUGUUUUGUAUUUCCAUUUGUAGUUUAUACGGUGCUUUUUUGCUAUUUGACCAAUAUUCUGCAUUAUGAAAUGAGAAUCAUAACUUCAAAGAUUGGGAAAAAUUGUUGGUAUAUUCAUAUUGUUAGCAUCUAUCUUCAGAUUAAUUCCAACCUGAGCAGAUCUUCUAUAUUUUCCUAUUACAUGGCAAUGAUCUCUUACUCGUAUAUCUGUUUCCUUGUACUUUUUGUCACAUAUAUGACAUUUAUCCACGUUAUUGAAAUUUUCAGUAUCUUUUGUUGUCAUUGUUAUUGGUUUAUUGAAAUAUUUCUUCACUGUUUGUUUUUUCUAGGAACUUAUAAACAGCAUUUUCACCUUUAAAUAUUUGAACUGGUUUAGUAUACUUUUCAUCAUAAAAACAAACAGCCUUGUAACCAUAAUCACAAUAUGUAUGCCUUUGAUAUAAUUCAGUGAAGAUUUAUUAUCCUUUUGGUGACAACCUGGUACUUUUUCUGUUAUUGCUUCAAAAUCUGCAUAAAUGACAAAUGGUACAGACAUCUGUUUGUCAAAAUUUUUGUACCUCAAGGGCACCUCUGGGGAUAGACAAAUUCCAGCUUUCUAGAAGGUGAUGUGAAAGUGAGAAAAUGUCAUAGCAUGCUAUUCAUAAGAACCUGUAUGAGCCGAAAAUGGGUGUGAUUUUGACCAUUAGCUUCAAAAUAACAGCGGAAAUUGAGGUAACAAAACAUAUGUUUUGUGUCCUACUUUGCAGACGAGGACGUGUAUCGGCGUUUUGUGAGGCAUAAUUGUGUUCUUUCAUUCUUUCAUUGUCAUUGAAUGCGUUUACAUUGCUUUUUUACCGUUAAUAGCUCGGUUAAUGUUAAAUGGCGUUUGCCGGCGGAAGUUCCAUGGAAAAGGCAUAUAAUCAGCCUUUGUGGUGUACUGUUAAGGUAUAGUCGCGUCGAGCCGAAGGUGUCGGGUUCGUGUCCUACUCAGUACCUAAUUUUUUCCUUCUUUCUUUUUUCUGUUUUUUGUGCCGUUGUUUUCUAUAAAAGUAUACCUAAAUAACUGUUAUUUAAUACAUUGCAAUAAACAGCAAGAAAAGUAUCGUAUUUCCAGAGAAAAGAUAGUACACCGUAUAUGAAAUAUAUGGAAUGUAAAACAAUCUGAAUUUCUAUCAUUUCCUACAAUUUACUAUGGGAAGACAAGAGUUGAUAACCAUUUGAUCAUUUUCUUAACAACGUUCUUAAGAGUUCUUUCUAUAGACUGAUACAUGUUGUAAUUAUUACUUUCCAACAUGUAAAUAGGACAUUCAAUAACAUUUAAGUCUCAAGCAAGCAGAUAUAUCACUGCCUAACUAAUGUCCGUAUCAACAGAAUGUGCCGCAGCAUUACUAUCUUUUAGAUACCCUAGUUAGUUAAGAUAAUUUUUUUUAUAAUCUUUGUCAUUUCCCAUCUCUUUAAGCCGAGAAUAAAAGAUUGAUUUUUCCUUGUUUAUAAUUUAUAUAAUUUUCAUCUCUUUAUAUUAAAAGAAAAAAAUUUUCUCAGAAGCUUACUCCUUGAUAUUGUUGAUGUAUUUACUUGAUUUGAAAUGUCGGAGUCUGUUUCUGAAAAAACAGUUUUAUUUUUUUCUAAGCUUGCGAGCGGGCGAAAUCCUCCAAAUCCUCCAAUCUGAUUGGUUCCCAGAGAGGGCGAUUUUUUAAGAUCUUGCCCGCUAACCCGGGCGGAAUCGUUGGCAGCUUCGUUCACAAGUUUUUUUGUUGUUUUUAAAUGAGCAAAACUCGUGAUUUUUAACCAUUUUUCUUUUAAAACAUGCGCUAUUAUUAGCAUUAGUUAGGGAAAAGUGAAUUUUGUUAUGCGGACAAAAAAUCUGAAGGGAGAAUCAAGCAAGUCAGCCAGGAAAACCGUUAAAGUAAAACAAAACAGGCGGCUAGUGAUGUCGCUUCACUAGCUUUAUAACCUACGCUGUAAGUACUGCAAUCUUGCUUUUAUGCAACGUUUAUUCGACAGUUUUGUUCUGUUCGUAGGGUUUUUUUUUCCAUUUUUGCUGUCUGAAUCUCUAUUCAGCCGUUUUUCAUUGAAUUUUGCCUCGCCAGUUUUCUACUUUUCAGAAAAGGUUGUUGUCAACAAUAGCAUUUAGCUUUCAAAAAUAUCUUGAAUAUUUAAACAACACGAACAACUCUUCCAGCAGCCGGUUAUCGCCGUUUUCAUUUCUUUGUUUAUACACUUGUUUAGUUACCCAUAUCGCCUUCUUUUAUUCGAAUUCAACUCAAAACCGUGCUAAGAUUGGUAUGUGUAAUUAGCUCUUUUUAUUAAGUCUUUGUGCAGUUUUUAUCCCGCUCGAUUGAAUUAAUCUUAAAGUAAAUAUUCAGCCGAAGAAAAUCUUUGCUUUAUUUUCUUUCCUGUGGCUUUUAAGUUCGUCAGUUCUUUUAUCCUUGUUUGACACUCAGAUUAUGAAUUGUUAACCAAGACACAAAAACCUUGCUUUAUUCUAAAAGAGAGCUUAAUUGUGAUAAUAAAAAAUAACAAGUUAAAAUCAUGUUGUAAUGUUUUGUUUUGGUUUGCAAUCGAUCGCGCGCUUUGAAUUAAAAUCAACACAAACGCGCCCUUCUUCAACACACAUAGGUUGGAGGCUAAAGUAAAAUUUUCCUGAAACUUUUAAAUCUCGGUAGGAAAAAAACAAAAAUGUCAUUUACCGGCCUAGGUCGGUCCGUAUUGGGAGAAACUGUGCCCUCGGGCGGUACUCAAGGCCUCGGGCACAGUUUCUCCCAAUACGGACCUCCCAGCCGGUGAAUAACAUAUAUUAUUUUUUUUCUAAGCUUGCGAGCGGGCGGAAUCCUCCAAAUCCUGCAAUCUGAUUGGUUCCGAGAGCGGACAGUUUUCUACGAUCUUGCCCGCUAACCCGGGCGGAAUCGUUGGCAGCUUUAGUCACAAAUCACGAUACCAAACCUUGGAAUUACACUUCUUUGUAUUAUCCUUUUUAACAAGCGCAUGUUCUUCUUCAGCGAAAUAAUUUGUUGGUCUUCCAGUUUUAGAUUUUACCAUCUCUAUGAAAUUACAAUACAUAAUUUAUUUUUAAAACGAAAACUUAGUUUUGUUUUUGGCCACUUUAGCAGUGGCAAAAAAACUUUUUGUAUUCGUUUUUGGGCAUUCGUUAUUUUGGCUUUAUCUAAAUCAACCGAUCCAUUAAUGACUGAAAAACUACCACAUAUUUCUAUUUUGAAUUUUUGCUCCUUUACCUUAUGUUUGUCUUCAUCUUCGUCUUUAUCUUUUUCCGUCAAAGUCACAUUAGCUAUUGCCAAUGCAUCUUCUAUAAUACCUCUAAAAUCUCCAAGAGUGCGCAACCACAGUACGACAUCAACAUGGUUUCCACUAUAAACUUUCAUAAAAGCAAAAUCAUCAAAUUUACGAACAUCUAUAGUUUUUCCACUUUUCCACGUGUUUCAUAGAACCAUUUAAACGAAAUCCCUUUCCCAUUAACUCAAAAAAUCACUGCGUUUAACUAGAAUUUUCUCAUGAUAGAGAUGAUACAACUAUUUUACAAUAUCAUGAUGACCAUUUUCAAAAGCACCUCUAAAUGCGUGAGCGUUAUAAGAACGAAGUUUGGUUCCCCAUUUAUUAUAAAACCAUUUGGCAAGAUCUAGCUUUCCCUUUUUACAAGCGCUUCUGAAACCAAAGUCCUUGAAACCAUAAUCAUCCAAGUUAUUAUGCCAAUGAGAGCAUACAAAUUAUUUUUAUUGUUGAAAAUCUUUGAUCGACUUUCUUGGUAAGAUUCGUAUUCAUACAUUCUACAUUAUAUACAAAUAUUUCAUUUUUAAGUGUGCGUUUAAUUAACUAAACAAUACUUUUCAAAUUUCAUAAUAUGACUGUAUAUUGGGCAUUUAUUUUUAUCUUUUCCCACUCGUUUAUACAAUAAACACAAAUUUCAUGUCCACAUUCAGUUUUAUAGCUAAAAAAUCAAAGUUGUCAAUCCAAGUACUACAUUUAUCACUUUGUUCGUUGAACGGUUUCAAAUUAAAGAAAUCAACAAUAGCAUCAACAUCGUUGCCUUUUAUCCACACCGUAAUUUUUAAGGAGUUAUUAUAACUCCAAAAAUUGAGUAAAAAUUUUAGGUACAGGAGAACCCCUUUUUGGGGGUUACUUUAUCUCCUAAUUUAACUCGGAAUUUGUGGUCAUUUUUGCCCCUGAAAAAGAGUUCUUUUUACUCCCACUCUGGAGUUAAAAUAACUCCGAACUGGGGUUAUUUUUACUGUUUUUGGAGUUAAUUUAACUCUGAAAGUGGGGUGAAAAUUUUAGGUACAGGAUAACUCCUUUUUGGGGGUUAUUUCAACUCCUCAGUGUCUGGGGUCACUUUUACUCCUAAAGAAGAGUUCUUUAAACCUCCUUUUUGGAGUUAAAAAAAACUCCCCAAAAAAAAACUCCACUGUAAGGAGUUAAAUUAGCCCCACUAGAGGAGUCAUUAGAACUCCUUGAAAAUUACUGUGCAUUCAUCAAUAUUUCAUUCCACACCAAAAGUGGCAAUAUGCCCCAUCUCCACCCGCAAAAAAUAGCAAUCAAUUAUGGUGGACAACCAAAUUGCUAUCCCAACAAGAUUUUAUUCACGACAACUUCGAAAAAUUUUUGUCAUUGUCCUUACGAAUAUCAAUAUUUUCAACAUUGUACAACCACUUCGCAAUUUUAAUGUGGUUUCUCAAGCGACCCAUAUGAAAUGAAGAGUAAAUUGUAUUGGAGUCGAAACUAUUGACGCUAUACAACCAUACCGCAAUUUUUGAGCGCCCUAUUUUACAACUGUUUUCAAAAACAUUUUUCACAACACUGAGAUCAAUAAUUGAAAUCUCAUAUAACCAUUUCGCAAUAUGUUCAAAACCCAAUUCACAACUGGAAACUUAAAGCUAAAUCAAUAAUAACCGGUUGAAUCUCCCCAACAUCGGGCAACCAUUCCAUUAUGUCCUUAUUACCCCUUUUACUGUUAAUAAAAAAUGCCCUUUCCAAGACACUUCUUUUGAAACGACCGAGACUGUACAACCAUUUUAUUAUAGAUAAAUCUUCAAUCGUACAAGAAUGAAUAAAUGCCACCUCAAGGGUUUUUUUUUUGUUUUUUAUUUUAUUUUAGGGUUUUACAACGGUUCAUCUUCAUCAAAUUUUCCCUCUUGGCAUUAAGUAAUAAUUCAAUGUUACUCAUUAUAGACUAUAAAAACAGAUUUUGUUUUUAAAUGUGCGUUUAAAUAAGACUAAUCAAAGCUAGCCUUAUUUAACCCAUACUCUAAAGCUAUACUAUUCAACAAAUCACCUAAAAUAAAAUUUAGUUUAAUUUCACUCAAAGUUUGUUUCAUUUACCUGUUGUGAUGUAUUAACUGUCUAGUUGAUUCAAUAUGUUGAUGUUCGUGUAUCUGUUUAACGUUAUUGUUAUGAUUCAACCCUAUUAUUGUAACUUUUUUACUUUUCCUUCCCGCCUCGAUUAGCUAUAGGCUACUUUGCGGGCAAGGAUUAAUUAUGGCUUGUAUCAAAAGUGUUUUUAAUAAACUUAAAACUUGAACUUGAACUUGAAUAUCAUUGAACCAUUCAACAAUAUCCUUUUUACACUCUAAAUGUAUCCAUUCAAAAGUAUAUUUAUCACAUUUAAAUGUUGAAGAAACAAGACUGUAUAACCACUUAGAAACGUGUUUGUGACCAUUAUAACAACUGAAUCUGAUUUCAUAAUUGUAAUUAGAAUGAAUAUCAACACCCCCAUGACUAUACAACCAUUUUGCAAUUUCAAGAUGGCCGUUUUCACAACCCGCUCUAAAUGCGUAAUCACCAAAACAAGGAAUAUUUACACCCCUAAGACUAUACAACCAUUUUGCAAUUUCAAAAUGGCCGUUUUCACAACUCUGUCUGAAUGCAUAAUCACCAUCACAAUGUAUAUCUAUUUCAAAAUAAUACUUUUUUGCUAAGUCAUUAUACAUCCACUCUGCAAUCUUCUUUUCACUACGUUCACAUAAAGCGUUGAAGUCUUCGUUCAUCUUAUACUAUUACCACAGAUGUUGUUUUUAAGUGGGCGUUUUCUUUCUCACUUCCGUUUUCCUGAUGUUUUCUACAUUCACGUUGUGUGUAUAUCUUUUUUGGUCUAGUUUUUUCUGGAUUAUCUUUGGGAUUUUAUCAAUAAUAUCGGAAAUAAUUAGAUCGAAUUUUCCCAUUGUUUCUUUUUUAUUUGUUAUCAUAAUUCGUUGUUACGCGGGUAAUCUUUUAGAGGACGGGUAGCUUGCAAACUAAACUGAACGCAGGGUUGUCGGAACAGCAACAAGAAGAUUUAUUCCAAAGAUGAACGUAGUUUCCACGAAGUAAAACUCCACAACAGCACGUAACUCGAUAACUUACACGGCCUCCGCCAACUUCAAUUAACUUGGUAAACUUACACGGCCUCCGCCAACUUGAAUAAACACUGCUUCCGUCACACUUGACUAAACACGACUAACGUCGAACUAUCCUCGCUUGUGAAAACUAGUUAAAACUUAACUCGAGCUGGCCUACUUAUAUAGUUUUAAAAUAAAGUUCUAGAACAUUCCAAAUAGUCUAAUUAUAGAAAGAUUACAAAAUGCACCGCUUUAGAAACGCUUACGCGAGAUCCUAAAAUAAACAAACUACGAACUCUCGCGAAGCUUCUAGAAAGUCACGCUAGUCACGCAAUACAAUUUUUCGUAACAUUCGUCUUGAAUUCAGAUUUAUCAAAUCAAAUAGAUUUCUACAAUAGAAUUCCAUUUAACUACAAUUACUCAUUGUUUCUGAUUAAAUAUUUGUGAUUUGUCUUUUCGAUCUUAGUCCAGCUGUUUUUCUAGUAAGAGUUGAAAACUGACAAGGAAUGAUUUGCCAUUUUAAUUAUAGACUCUCAAGUUACAAACAAAAAAUUUCAUUAAGUAAUAAUACUAUUGAAUUAUAUAUUCAAUAUCAUUAAAGUGCGUUUGAAUUGAUUAUGAGUAAGGUAUUCUUAAAUUUUUUGCAAAUCACCGAGUGGUACCCAACUAUUGAACUCAUUACUGUAUCCUUUCUAUUUCACUCAAGCUUGUUUUUUCUUGUAAUCUCUUCGAACGACUUUUUCAAUUCUAAAUACAUCUUGUUUGGCUUUUAACAAUUCUGGUUCAUAAAAACUAACUCGUAUCUCUUUAUUAUUGAGUUCCUUAAGGUGGCCCGAUCCUAUUUAUGUGCGUGUUUGUUAUGUUUUUGAUUCGUGUUUUUCAGAAAGAAAGAUUCAACCGAUUUCCAUAAUUUUUGGCAUCUUUAAUAAAUAAUGAUGGAACUUAAGAAAAUGUUAUUUAUUUUCUUGUACGUAUAAAACAUUUUGAGAUAUCGGCAUACAUUUAAAAUCGCAUUUUUACGAAAAAUGUAAAUAACUUCGAAAUCCCACGACAGAUUUUUCUCUAAAAUUGGGGAGUGAAAUGGAACAAAUUAAACUUCAGAAAAUCGUGGGGAAUUUGUUAGAUACGCUUGGAAAAUUGUACAUACAUGGAACGGUCAUCUAGAAAUGUUUAGCCUUCCUCAAGCUAUAGAAAAUUCUAGGCAAUUUUUGCUUCUCCGAUUUGCCUUCGUUCGUUUCAGCAUGGCUUAAAGAAAUACAUUAAACUAAUUUAUUCAACUUCAUUUCUCUGUGCAGUACAGCUAAUAAAUAUUCCGGUCGCGUAACUAUAAUUUUCAGGCGACAUAACUUUUGCCUCGCACGCGAUGGCGGGCCGCUUUGCGAUUCCGGUCAACAGCCGGAGGAAUUCUCGGGUUUACAUCAAUCUCGCGUUAAUUCCAGGCUAGACGACCAUUAAGUGAUGAUUUACAAAUGGCUACGGUUACGAUCAUAUUCCAAAACAGUCUCGGUAUAUUUGAUUCACUUCGACCAGUUAUCAAUGCUGAUUACCCAAGCCAUUUUUAUCAUCUUAGCAGUUUUAGUAAUCAAGCUUGUUUAGCGUGUCUUACCCAAAGUGUACUCUAUAAGCGUGAAAAAAAAGGUCUAGCGUGUCGUGCAAGCAUGUCGUGAGGGUGCAUUCACCUUUAGCAUCAAAUCCCUGUGAAUAUUGGCCUAAAAUAAAUCAGCCCUUUGCCGUAGUGCCAGCCCUGCAUUCAGUUUGUUUCCUUACCUAGUAUCCAUUACAACUGAGGCCAAAUGCAACUAAAAACAUAACGUGCAGCAACAUCUAAUCCAUUUUUUGUUUGUCUCAAAAACCAGUUGUAACUUCAUUUACCCUCAGGUACAGAAGUACUAGACAAUCUCCUGGGCUUACGUGGCGAAACAGCUUGCCCUGCAAAGGUCGAUCAAGCAUGCCUUGUCUGUCUUUGAUGUAAACAAAUGUAGGGCUUUACGAUCAACUGUUUCCAUUUGGGAAAUACCAACUAUGUCCUCUGCAUGGGGAAGGCAUGCUCUUUUUCUUCUGUUUUCACAAGCUACGAGCUUUCUAACUUAAAGACUUGGUGGUGUGGGGGGAGGGGGUAGUAACAAUUAUCAAAAGAUCAUGGGGGUGCUUAUCUAAUUCUGCUUUGGGAACGAAGGGGGGCACUACAUAAUAAUAUUCUCCUUUUAAGCUCAUUUUUUCAGCCCCCUCCUGAUAAUCAAUGCAAAGUCCCUAAGCUCGCAUUCUUCAAGCCCUUCUUUGGAAAAAUGACAGCUGAUGAAAUGAUUUUCAAUUCCAUCAUUACAAUCCUCCAACCAAACUGCACCACUCGCGCAAUUAGUGUCGAUUGUGCAUUUGCAAGUAAGAAAAACAAACAAGGUGGUCUUUUUGCAAGUACGGUCGAAAAAUUUACUGGGAAUCUCACAAAAACGAUAACCAAAAAAUUGCUUAUAUAAAUUAAAAGAUUCGUUUUGUUUACUUAGAUUACUGUAUCCCAACACAACGUUUUGCUAAAAAAGAUCAGAGUUAAAAUAUAGAUAUAAGAGCAUAAUCCAUAAUCUUUCGCUGUUCACAGAAAACGCCCAGAACCUCGCCUUUUGAAAAUCGUGUGCAUGUAUUAAAGCAAAGGAGUGAUGACGUCACUGGACGGCAUUAACGGCCGGUCGUUUCAGACGUUACUGAGGGAGUAAUAACGACUCGAAGUAUUCGGAAGAAAUUCAGGCUAGUCUUAGGAAACUCAAAGAAAAUCCCGUUGCUUCAUAACUAGCCGUUUAAAAUCUUUGAUUUUGAAUGGAAGCAACCUCUUCUUCGUGUGAAGAGCGAAAUUCGCACAAAGAUCGUAAAUGACGCGGUGAAGUCUUUACACAGUCUAUCUGGCAAGGUAAGCGUUCAAGAACGCCUUGAUCACCUCCGGGCUCUAGAUGGCCUUUGAGGGUUCCUAUACAGUUUUUGCUGCCUUUUUCGUUGUUUCAGGCUUGUUUGCAGCCGAUGGGGCUGAAAAAAUUUCUUCCGACGAGUCUGUAAAAGUGGAGGUAAAAACUUAGAUAUUUUGAAAAUUUAACAAUAGUCCAGUUUCGAAAUAAAAAUUACCGCUGAAUAUAAACAUUAACGACACAUUCACACAGGGUUAGCCUCGACUUAAAGUAAAAUAUUCAGAAAUUCUGGCAAGUAAGUGUUUGAAACUUGAAUAUACACAAUAGACAGAGUAAUGAACAGGUUUUUUUCUCGUUGGAAUUUGUGAAUAUAUUACUUCAGAUUGAGGCUAAGGCUGUAAAAAAUGCGUCUUCACUUCUUUAAUUCAGCGGUCAUAGCGAACUCGAAAAAGGUCUAUUUCACAUAGCUCGCGGCCGCGAGCGAAGCGAGUUUAUAAUCUCGUCGCACGCAAAGCCCGCGUGCAUCACGUAAACCGCGCGUGGUCUUAGCCCGAUGCAAAAUUCACUGCGCCAUAAAUAAAUCUUUCUUUCUAUGAAUAUAUGCUUGGUGUCCGCCAGUGACGUCAUCUAGUGCUACAUCAUGGAGCAUUUUGAGUUUCCAGGCAACAUAGACUUUGCCGCUGAUGACCAGCGUAUUUUCAUGUAUUAUUCAUGAAAGGCUGAUGCGUUUAUUCAUCUAUGAAACAAUGUUUACAAUCGGUGAAUCACGAGCAAUUUCCCAUUCAAAUGAAACAGGACAACAAGCACAACAAUUGGCUUGAAAUCCUCGAUUUUCAACCGAAACUCAUCUGGAGAACGCCGACUAAACUUCAUCGCCAGCUGCCUAAACUAAACAAAUUUUGUUUGGGGAUUCAACUGGAUCCUGCGAAUCAGGUGAUAAAAAAGCUCAAAAUAGAUCAUUUGUGAGUCUACACACUGUAUUCCACUUCAUGACGCAACGCCUACAGAAUGUGAUAAAAAAACAAAAAAGGGCAUGCCAGUUACUGAAAUUCUGAAUACAUGUACUUGAUAGAGAAAUAAACAUCUUCUAGAAAUUUCAUGUAAAAAUAAAAGUUUUGAUCAAAAGUUAUAGUGCAUGAAAUUAGAGGAACGAACUUUUCGGACACCCUGUAAAGUAUGAUUGUUUAAAAGAAAAUUAUCAUACUGACUUUUUCCUGCUGCUCAAAAAAUGUGCACGAAAUGUUAGGUCGUAACAACAUUCAGCCGCCAUCUUGUCUUCGAUGUUCUGUUUUACGAAAGGAAAGACUGUCCUCUCAAGGGCGACAGCGAGGCUACAAUAAACUCACUUUCAUCGGACAGAUACCUCGAUACCUUAAAGAACACGUUUGUGGAACUUAGCUCCCAAUAUACGUCAUUUAGCUCCAAAAAACAGCCUGCAAAUGCUCGUAUUGAACGUAAGCAAUUCACAGAGAAUGCCUCCUUGGCACUUGAACAGACUAUAUUGACGCAUGCGCAUACAAAAUGCCCUUCUGUUGUGCCAUCCUUAAUGUCCAUUUUUUGUUUUUCUAAAUCAAAAUAUAGGAAAGAAAAUAUGCAGCGAUAUUAUUUCUAUUGAGUAAUGUCCCUUCCCGUAUUCAUUAUUUUUAUGGACAUACUUCAGAACACAUCUGUGAACACGUGUCAUAUCAGUGGAUGGUGUAUAAUGAAUCUCGGGGUAUUUGUUAUCGUUACCAACCUCCAGAUGACAAUUGGAUAAUUUCAUUUGGUCAGUUGAGACAGAGAAUGUAUUAUAAAGGAAUGGGCAAGCCGUCUGUGCAUCGAUAUUUGCAUCAUUGGUUAUGAAUACAAAAACAUGACGCGGACGAUUUACACCACUCGAAAUUUUGAAAUUUCCUUGUCUCUGUUGACUGCUAUCUGAUCCUUCCAUAUUUUAUUUCCAGUAAGUCCACUUACGUGAUUUAAGAUAGUGGUUCAUGUAUAAUGAUUGACCUUCACUGCUGAAAGUCAUCCGCCGAACAAACAAUUGCAUGUUAAUGAUAAUCACCCUACAAUUAGCCCCAGCUUGCCAAAUUAGAUUACCAUCAGACUCAAUUUGCAAAUUCAAUUCAACCUUUGCAUUAGGUAAUAGCUCAUCUUCUAACAUUUCCAAAAAUGAAUAUCGGUUCAAAGAUAUUUCAGUGUUUACUGUAGAUGAGGUAUCCAGAAGUGUUUGUCGAAGGGCAAAAUCUUUAUUGUAUCCGGUUCUUCUUUUGGCUAUGUGAUUAGUGGCAUCAGCUGUAAAUUCUCUCUCUUCCGCUUCUAUUGAUGUAUCAAGAAAAUAAAAUUCAUUGGUAACGAUGCUUUCAGCGUAUACCGGACUAUAAUCAAGUAAAUUUUUAAUAUUAACAGCACGAUUAGCAUCAUUACAAUCGUACACUUUUUUGCCAUUCAACUUAAUAUCAAAAUGUUUCAAAAAUGAGUAACAUCCAUUCAUUACCAUUGUAAUCAUCUUCUGCAAUAUUACCGCCAUUAGCUAGCAAAUUAACUUUAAAAUCAAUUGAUAUCCGACCAUUAUACCUAUCGAAUGGGGCGACCUCUCCAGUUUUAUCAGCAGCAAAUCUGUAUCCGUUCUUUCUCUGAUAAGAAUUAUUUGCAACAUUUGAAUUCAGUGGUGUUUCCAAGUCAAAAACAAUAUACUUAUAUUCCUAUUAAUAGAUUCGAUAAAUUUGAUUUCUCUCAUUCUACCCCCAGACAACAAUUUAUUCACUCUUUCAUUAAUCUCAUAAUCGCGUAAUUCUCUUGUUUGUGGAUUUUGUAUUGGAUGUGUCACAGGUGUAGUCGUGUUUUUAUUUCUUUUUCUCAAUAAUUGAAUGAUUUUAUCACCUGCUUUUUUCCCAACAAAUUCACCACUUUUCGGAGCAGCUGUCUGAAUAGCCUCCCCGCAGACGUCCUUUGGGGUUCGUUUGUCACGCAUUCAUUUCUCCCCCACGGACGUCUGUUACAAGUUCUCUUUUCGUAAUACUUCGAAAAUAUACAGAGUUAAUAGUAAUUAUUGUUUUCGACCGCGCUGAAAACCGCUCCGCGCUCGUGUGGGAGACUGUUGUCUGUCAAAGAAAAGCAUAUUAUUUCAUACUUACAACAACUUCCGAAAAAACUAUACAGCUGACUACAGCUUUAUUGCAUCAUUUCUGUAAUUUUUUUCAAAACGUUUGCGUCGUCUCAGGUAGAAGAUAGCUGUGCAAAUAAAUAAUUCACUUGAAGAAUAUAAAGACACGUCAACGUCCAGAGCACGUUUGAUGAGCCUUGCGAUGUCGACUGCGCUUUUUUUAAACACACGAACUCGGUCCUUUCCUAAAUUACAGCUGCAAAGAGAACAAAAAAAUUCGCUUCUUAUAACUUUCUUCGGAGUCUCAUCAAUCCAUAGACGUGGAAUAAAUAUUCCUCUAAAAAAUCGAGAAAUACUUCGUAGGUGCCGUUUCACUUAUAUCACAGCCCGUGAUUGGCUGAUCGUGACACAAUAACUAACCGCUUAUUGGCUUAUUCAAACAAUCCACGACGUAAAUGUCGGCUGUGUUUAGCAGACGUCCGUGGGGGAGAAAUGAAUGCGUGACAAACGAACCCCAAAGGACGUCUGCGGGGAGGCUACUGUCUGAACAGCUUUAUUGGAUGCUGUUUUAGCAGCUUUUUUUACGGUCUGUCCAAACACUUUUUUACCAAUCAAUUUAAACACAUCUGAAAUACCUUCACCAUAAAUAUGCUUUUUCACAUACCAACGCAUUUCAGGAUCACAAUGUCUUUUGAAUUCUGAUUAUUUCAUAAUACAUACUAUUAUAUUAGAUUAAAAAGGUGUAGAUCGCAAUGUCAAUGUUAUGGACCAGUCAACCCCAUUCAAAUUAAUUGGUCGCCCAAUAGAAUCUGUGUUGUAAAAUCGCAUUUGACUGAUACUUAGUUGUGAAACUUCAUUAAACAGCAGCCUUUUGGGUUCCACUGUAAAUGAGUAACUUCUUGUCAAAUUAUCAGUUGGAAUAACGGCGAUUGUAUUUUUAUUGACACCGUUUAAAAUAGAAUUUGUUAUGGCAUCUGUAUUUAUAUGGAUCAUGUCUAUGGAAUUUGUGAUAUUUGGCAACCUACUUCCAUAUUCUGUUUCACUCACAAUUUUCUCUUCAAAUCCAAUUAAAUCACCAAAUUCACUAUUUUUGAGGUCUAACUGAUACUUGUUUUUCAGCCGCCAUAAUACAAGAUAAACAAGAUGGCGGACUGACUUACUCAGAUAAGCCUGAAAACGUGCCCGGAUAGUACUUUGUGUAAGCUAGCCUGAGGCAUACUCGUUACAAAUCACUACCGUAUAUGUUGACAAUAUAAAUGAUAGACUGUGAUAUUUUUUCCAGUUUUAUGAUUUUGCUGAUCCAUGUGUUAAUGAAUAUAAGAAUUCAAGUCUGAAUUAGAAUACGUUCCAUGUACAAAAUUAAUUGUUUUCCAAUUUUGACCAUUGUCUGCGCUGUAUUUUUUUUAUUAUUCUUAAACUGAUCUGAAAUGUUAUGCCAACUGUAAGUCAUAAUAACCUUAUCCAUUGCUAAUUCAUGUUUCAUAAUAUCUUCCAGUUUUAAAAUUGGAUGUUAUCCUUAUUUUUCUUUCUUUUAUUUUUGUCGUGCUUAAUGAUCCCUUUUUCUGUCCCAAUUUGCUAUUUAUUUCACUAACUUCAUCAUAAUUUUUUUUUUACAGAAUCUGGGUUUGUCAAGUAUUCCAAAAAAGCAUCACUAGGUAAUGAUAAUUUAUGCUUUUGCAUAAGACUAAAAUCAUCAUCAUAUAAUAUCUCACAGUAAACCCGAUGAUUGUGUUUGUGAAGAAAAAAAUAAAAAAACUUAUUGAUUAUUUCAUGCAAGGGCGAAAUAAAAGCUGCUCAGUUUUGUAUCUUAGUCACAUUUUUUUUGAUACUCCGAAGAGUAUCAGAAUAAAUUGCGCCCAUUAUAUAUUAUAUGAUUGCCCAAGUAAACCUGAAAUAACAAGGAUUUGCAGUGAAUUCGGUGUUACCAAAGACCAAUACAUGAAAGCCGCCACAAAACCAUAUUCAUUUUUGUAUGUUGACAAACCAAUGAAAAAAAUUAAACGGAACUUUUACGGAUAUAAAUAAUGUAAUAAUAAACCAUGGGUUGAUGAAGAAACUGUUUCCGACGAUGCAAUAAAAAGGCAUCAACUUGAUAUAGCAAUGAUUGAUAAACAUGAUAAUAAUCAAGAUAUUGAUCUUAAGGAUACUUACAAUGUCACCAAAAGCAAACAACAAACGUUCAGUGAAAUGAUUACAAUAGAUGAGACUCUAGUUUGUUAUAAAGAUGUUCGUGAUGUAUUCAUAAGUUGUAAGGAAUCUGUUUUUCCAAUGGAAACUCGUUUAGUAUGGGAAACAAUUAUAUUUACAAUGUUAAGUCUCCAAUAAACAAUGAUCAAGCAACUAGUAAAGGGUACGUCGAUGGGAAAUUAGCCAAAAAAGUAAACACUAGUGUUGUACAAAAUGUAAUGAGACAAGUUCUUUACAAAGCUGAUAAAAGAGAUCUUGAUAGUUAUUUAAAAAGAGAUGGUAGUUUAAAUAUGACCGGUAACUUACAAAUAAAUAAUUAUAGAAUAAAAGGAUUACUAACAACAACACCUCAAACAGGUGAUAAAGCUACCUCAAACGAUUAUGUUUUAACAUUAAUAAAUGAUCUUCCUAAUGUUUAUUUAGACCGUGCUGGAUCAUUAAAAAUGACUGGAGAUUUAAAUAUGGAUAAUAACAGAAUAAAAAAACCUGGAUGAUGAACCUCAAAGUGGAACUGAUGCAAUCAAUAAAAACCAACUUGAUUCAAUUGUUCGAAAAUCUCAUAUUAAACCAAGUCAUAAAGCAAACCAGUUUGAUUAUUUGAUGAAGAAUACUUUGGAAUGGUCUGAUUUGAUCCCUGGUGGAAAUAGUUUUAAUCUGUAAAGUUUGGUGAUUUAUCACCAGAUAAAGGUAAUUUUCACUCUUACAAUCACAAAGUAUUUACACAACAAUUAACAAAAAUAGUCUCGGUGGUUACAAAUACAAAAACGGAAUUAAAUGUUUCCCUGUAACAAAAAAUAGUGAUGUGAUUACACUUUGUGUAUUGAAAUCUUGAAUGUUGAUUAUCAACUUCGGCAUAAAUCGAAAAUUUUAAUUGAUAAAGCUACAUCCAAAAGAUUAACUAUUGGACAUGAAGAAGUAAAAAAAUAUUCUCAGAGAUAUAUUGAUUCAAGCAACAAUGUAGAAUAUAUUUAUUACAAUAGAAGAAUAGUUAAUUUUAGGAAAACUGAGGCAGAUCCACUUUUUCAACUUCAUUUAUUAGUUGAAAUCGCCCAAGACGGAAUUGAUUUACAAACUUACCCACAAAAGUUUACAGAGAAUUAUAUUAUUUCUUAUAGUAUAAUUAGAGCCGAAAGUGAUUUAGAUGCAGAUAAAAUCUAUGAUUAUCACACAGCCUAUGAAAUUAAACCCACAAAAGUGAAGAAGAAUGUUCCUCUUGAUAUGAAUGGACAAAGAAUACUAAACCUCAAUCCAUAUGUUAUAAAUGUUUGGAAUAGCCAUUUUGAAAAAAAAAAUACUGCACGUACUAAAUUUUCUACGUGAAAAAGAAAUGAACACAGUAACACAAUACUCAAAUUUUACAAUUUUCAAAUUAACAAAAGCCUUUGUAUUUUUAGAAACACAGGACAAUAUACAUUGCCUUUCAAAUAAUUGCGUAAAAGUGAACAGUUUUCGUGUUUACCGAAAGUUGGUCACUGUGAUCAAGUCAUGCAAAGAGCCUAUAGCCGGCGGAGUGACAUUUAAACAUGUUGUAUUAGGGACUAUUUCGGGCGCUGGUUUAUUGCUUAAAGCACUGAGCGAAAUCAAAGAUUAUAAGAAGAAAAUCGAAAUGUGUAAAUUUGCUUACACCACAUAUGAAAAAGUGUUAGUCGAUUUACAGGCUUCGCUAAGAGGAGCAGAAUUCAGUGGCACUCAAUUUGUUUUUGAAAUGAAAAUGAUUGGCGAUAAAAUGAUUGAUCUGUGUCCACUGGUUGAUAAAUUUGAAUAGCAUUAUGACAAAAAAUUCAAAUAAACUUUGUAUUCCUGAGAAUCACGCAACAGGUCGCUUGUCAAUGAUUGACCGUAUUUGAUCACCUUUCCAAAACAUAAUAUCAUCCCAAUAUUUUUUAUUAUGUUUGAUUGUCUUCUUUGAUUUUGAUAUUGGGAUGACAUAAUGUGGUAGCUUCAACAUUUUGAAUAACUGUUUCAAAAUGAAUUUAACAUUUAUCACCCGCCUCGUUCUCUGUUGACUUGUGGAAUUAUCUCAAAUAUUUGAACUAUUUUUUGUUUGUUUAUUAGUGAUAAAUCAAUUAAUAUUCUUACUACAAACAUCGGCAUGUGUGCUUUCUAUAUGAUAUUUCCAGUGGCAAACAGACUUCUUUUUUAUCUUGUGAACAUUUUCAUAAAAAUUUAAGUUUUCGUUGACAAUCUUGUAACCCUCAACUUGACCGCAAUUGCCACAAACAUGAAUUCCUGUUUCGUUUAAAAUAUUAUGAGUUUUACAACAAAAUUCAGUCUCUUGUUUUACAUGCUCAUGGUCAUUCAACUGUCUGUAACAAAAUGGGCAGUAGUGAUCUGUUGUACUAAAAUAAUCGUGUAGUGUUGUAUCACAAUGCAUUUCCUAUACAAAUGUUGAUCUGAUAGGUAAUUUUCUCAUAGACUUGGGCAUCUUGAAUUACAAACUUUACUGAUAAACUUUACUUUCCAAAACCAAUUUUAUACUGCAAUGUCACACAUUUUUGAAUCCUGAUGCUUAAAGCAAAAUUUGAAUCUAAGACAACAAUUCAUAUGCAGAAUAUCCAACAAAGUAAGAGAGAAAUAAGUGGGUAAUCACUCAAUGAAUACAUUUAGUCUAAUACAGUAUUUGUUUUCAUUGUUUGUGUAAAAACGGUUGGAGGGUGGCCUGGCCAUCGUCGGCUUCGGCUCCUCGCCGCCCCCGAGAUUUUAUCUUUUUUCCAUCCCCUCCUCGUCUUCGCUUCGCUCAGACUGCGGUACCACAUAAGAGAAUCUCAGCUUCGCUUUGAUUACAAUCGUUGUGUUACAUGGGGUGUUAUAUAUGACUAAAAUUGAGCCAUCGAGACUCUGUUGAAUUAGCAAGUCAAUGUCAACAGAACUCAAUUGCGAUUUUAACGCCCCACCAUCCCCGUGUCUCGGCGAUCGCUUGAAUCUUCUCGUGCCUUCGGCACUGCGUCCGAUUCAAUCGAUCUUCCGAGACAUGCCGUGGAGCUUAUCUCUAAGGCUCUGUUUGGCCCAAGUCUUGAAGCCAACCCAAGAAAUCCAAAGUUGGAAAAAAGUUCUGAAAAAUACGAACACCAAAUAAAUUGGAAAAUAAUCUUGGAAAACUGUGCUGGUACCCUCAAGUGCUAUACUACUUAAGAAUGAUAAUACGAACUGGAUUUUUCAUGUUUUAGUUACAAAGUAAAGGAAACACGUGGCGAUCUUUCCAAUCUUCAUUUGGUAAGUACAUUGUUUUACCAUUGCUGUUCCAACCACUUGGUUGCUGAUUCAAUAAAUUAAUAUUUGUUGAACAAGUAUUAACAUACGUCAUCAAUCUAACAACAAAUCUGGUCUUACCUCGAUUAUCUUUAGCCAAUUAAAAGCAAGUAUUAGAGCAUCAGUGUCAUAUUGCACCGAAUGUAUUGAGAAUUUUUCCAGAUAAGAAAUCCGUCAAUUAAAAGGUCUGAAAAGGUCCUAAGUUGAGGUGUAACCCAAUCGCUUCAAAGUCGUGGCUGGUCAUAAAGCCAACAGGAGAGGAGAAAGCACAAUAAGUCUUUGGAGGAACUAGUAUUAACAUCAGAACAGAUGGGAGAAAGUAUCUUGGUGGAUAUACGCUGAGGAAUUGGUAAGCUCGUGGUGCGACCAACUGAAAUUCCUCUCGAAGAUUGCAAAGACAGAACCACAAGCAGCUUAUGUAGCAUUUGUAGGCGGAUUCAAACAUAAACUGAGGUAUUACAUAAGAACAAUGCGACAACUCCCGCGCAGCUAUUGAACAGCUGGUUGAACAUAUUAACAAUCAAGAAAGGACAGCACCAGUGGAUAGUGAACAGCUCAACAUCGACGUCAAGGAUAAGGAUUGCCAAUACCAGAGAAGAACUGAAUAACACCAUCCUACAGCAGCUCAGCGUGAAGAUGAGCCCAGGACAACUGAGGGCAAACGACCUGGUAAAGAUGAAGGGUGCCUUUAGCUGGUUAACAACAUUGCCAUUAAAGUCAGAGAUUGAACUUCCACCUGAACAAAAGGGAAUUCUACGAUGCGUUCAGCCUUAGGUACCGCUGGACACUGAAGUACCUCCAUCUAGAUGUCUUUGCGGCAAGAGAUUCGACGUUGAUUAUGUAAUUUUGUGUAUAAAAGGUGGAUUUGUCUCUCGGAGGCAUGACGACGUGCAUGCGAUACCUGUUCGCAUCCGUUCUCAUGGACGUAUACCAUAAUUUUGAGGUCGAGCCACACUUUCAGACCUUGACGGGAGAAACUUUUAACGAGCAGUGCCAACUCUUCUGAUGAAGCUCAUUUUGAUGUCACGACGCGCGGUUUUUGGCAAAGGGGGCAACGUGCAUUUUUUGAUGUCAGUGUUUUUAACCCUUUCGCAAAGAGCCACCUUAACCAGAAACUUGAGAAUGAGAACGCGAAAAAAGCGACAGUACAACCAGCGAUUUUUUAAGUCGAGUAUGGCUCCUUCAGCCCUUUCGUGUUCUCACCGUAUGGUGAAAAUGGCGGAGAAGCCGAGCGAUUUCUCACUGAACUAGUCCUGAAACUAUCCGAGAAGAAGCAGCUAGACUAUAGUAUUGCAAUAAACUGACAGAGAGAAAAACUUUAAUUUAACUUAUUAAGAUCAGCAGUGUUAUGUGUAAGAGGCUCCAGAGCAACCAAACAUGAGUUGAACUCUGAUUUAAGCGGGGCAGAAAUCGGAAAUUUGAUUGGAAAGAUUAAGUAGACACGUUUUAUUUUUUAAGCAUUUUAUAGAAAAGUUCUCACCCAAGCCUGGGGCUUUUGAUAUUUUAAAAACAGAUUUUUUUUAUCAAUGAAUUUGUAAUAAUUUUUAUCAGUGUUUCAAUACUGUAAUCUUUUGUUGGAUAAUGUUUUUAACGAAGUUGUUAUUUUAAAGAGGCUGUGUCACGGCAGUCCAGUUCAUUUUGUUUAAUUUUGCCAAUUACUCGCCCUCAAUCGCUAUGGAAGCAAAGAAAUUACAUGUAAAUGACAAAAUCAGAGAUCCGAGACAAACAAAUAUGUCUCCUGAGCAUUAUUUUUGAAGUUGCAAGCAGCAGGGAUCAACUUUGAAAAACUGUUAGGCUGAACAGUUUUAAUUUCCAAAAACCCUAAUUUCAAUCCGUUUUACUCUUCUUCAGUUUUGUCCAUCCGUGUCAUCUGUUGUUUCUGUUAUGUCAUUUUAACCUUCCUUUAAAGUUUUAAGCGGUUAUUUGUAUGUUUCUCUUAAUUUAACGGGCAUUUUGUAAUUUCCUAAUUUGGCUGAAUUUCGUGACACAGCUCCUUUAAAAGAUCUAAUUGCAAAAUUUACCAUUUCCAUGUGAGGGAGAUUACCACAAUUACUCACACAUUUUACUUCUUGGCAUUACCAACGACCUUUUUAAUGUUCAUGGUCUCAGUGAUCUUCGCAGUUAAAUCGAAAAGUUCUUCCUUGAAUUUCUAAGGUUAAAUUCUAAGAUUUCUUAAGUAUUCUCCAUCAACCCAAAGUGCUUUUGAAGGUUUCCAAACCUUAUUAAGAGGGAACGCAUUUUGUUUGUACUGCCAAAGUUUUAAUUGUACGAGAAAUUAUUCAAAUUAUAUUCAAGCACUCAUUAUGUUUUUUUGGUUUUCUUUUCUUAACAGACAAGUCCCAUUCAAGCAGAAUCUGGGAAAGAGGAAAAGCUUGGUAGUAAGACAAAAGAAACUGAAAUGUAGCAAAUCAAAGGUCGUAAUUUUCACUAACAAUUUUGGACACAGCUAUUCCGAUUGGAAAUUCCGAAAUUCAAUCUUUGACCGAUUUUACCCGGUAGAUAGAAACCCAAGAGUUUUUAACAAAUCAGAGGCAGAUUCGUUAACAAAUAUAAUAAGCACAGGUCAGUCAAAUUCAUUCCAAAAUCGUAGCGUUUUGAGCUGACAUGUCCGAACCAAUGGAUCGUAAUACACCAACAAAAGGACCGUUAGAUUCCCUUUCCUUAGGUUUCUGAAUUGUUAUUAUGUGGGCCUUUUGAACUCAAAGUGUUAAAAAGGCGCAAUAGAUGCGGGCGAUUAUAACCUCGGUCAAACUGAAGUAGGCCUAAAUAAAUGCCAAGACUAAUUGUACAAUCCGUUCAAAAAAGUGAAAUUAAAAGAGCUUGACCAAUUUACGCGCGUUAAAUUUAAUACAGAUUUAGGGCGAUGGUUAGAAAGAGGUUGGAAGGGGUUAAGUAAUUUUUUAGUAUAUUUUGAACUGUGGAUAAGUAUAUCAAAGUGGAAAUAAUGAUCCUCGC